AUGCGAUUCGUUCCAGGAAAGCAGCUUCUGCUGGCCGACAUGCUGUCGCGGGUGCCCACCUCAAGUUAUGCCAGUGAUGUCGAGAGCGAUGAUGUGGAAGUGCACGCCGUAAGUGUCGUUUCAUCUCUUGUCAGUGAUGACACGUGGAAACAACUAGCAGCAGAAACGAGUCGGGACUCGUAUCUUAAAGCUGUGCUGCACAGUUUAGAAUACGGGUUACGCAUAGAGGGACAGCUGAAGCCAUUCUCUACAGAGCUGACGCAGGUGAAAGGUGUCCUCUUGAAGGGAUGUAAAGUGGUGAUUCCGAACAGUUUGAGGAAAGACACUUUAGAAAGAAUUCACCAAGGACACAUGGGCAUCAACAAAUGCAAGGAAAGGGCAAGGCGACUUGUAUUUUGGCCCGGCAUUAACGCCGACAUUGGUGCAUUCGUGCAGAAAUGUGCAGUGUGCAAUAAGUACGCGUAUACUCAGCCGCAAGAACCUUUAAUGAUGCGCCCGGUGGCCGAGAUGCCGUGGCAGAAAGUUGGCAUUGAUAUUUUUGAGUACGGUGGACGGUCGUACCUCAGCGUAUACGACGUGCUGUCAAAUUUUCCGGAAGUGGAGCAGUUGCGUGACACAUCGGCGAACUCUGUCAUUCAGGCAACUAGCGCCAUAUUUUCUAAGUACGGCAUUCCACUGGAAGUUCUGACAGAUAAUGGCCCGCAAUUUUCGUGUCACGAGUUCAGGUCCUUUUCGAGGGCAUACGACUUCAGACACAUCACAUCCAGUCCAAGAUGCUUACAACGAGUCCAGGAUGCUUACAACGAGAACUUUGUUCAAGUGCCGUGA